AUGCUCAGGAAGAUCGCGGUGGCCGCCGCCUCGAAACCUGCAGUGGAAAUAAAGCAGGAGGAUGAGACGUUCUACAUUAAGACAUCCACCACUGUCCGAACCACUGAAAUUAACUUCAAAAUAGGGGAGGAGUUUGAAGAACAGACUGUAGAUGGUCGUCCAUGCAAGAGCCUGGCCAAAUGGGAGAGUGAAAACAAAAUGGUGUGUGAGCAGCGACUUCUGAAAGGGGAUGGACCCAAGACCUCCUGGUCCAGAGAGCUGACCAACGAUGGAGAGAACUCAUCCUGGUAA